AUGUCGCAGGUUUACAAAUCAGAACUCAAAGACGAGUUCGUGGACGCCACGCUCGAGGAGCGGCGGCUGCACGAGAACAAGACGCGCAAGAAGUACUGGCUCAAGUGGGGGCCGUACCUCAGCGAGCGCGCGUGGGCCACGGUCCGCGAAGACUACUCCGACAGCGGCGACGCGUGGACGCACUUCCCGUUCGAGCACGCGGCGUCGCGCGUGUUCCGGUGGGGCGAGGACGGUAUCUUCGGCGUCUCCGACAACCGCCAGCUGGUGUGCCUCAACCUCGCGAUGUGGAACGGCCACGACCAGAUCAUCAAGGAGCGCAUGUUCGGCGUGACGGGCCCCCAGGGCAACCACGGCGAGGACGUCAAGGAGCUCUACUACUACAUCGACAGCACUCCGACCCACUCGUACAUGAAGGCGCUCUACAAGUACCCGUUUGCCAAGGCGUACCCCUACGAGGAGCUGGUGGCCAAGAACGGCGAGCGCGGCUACCAGGACCGCGAGUUCGAGGUAUACGAGAUCGACGGCCUCUACUCCAGCGAGGAGCACGGUGACACCCCCUACUUUGACGUGGUCUUCGAGAUGGCCAAGGGCGACGACAACCCGAACGACCUUAACUUCCGUGUCACGGCGUACAACAGAAGCGACAAGCGCGCGGGCGAGCUCUACCUCAUGCCACAGGUGUUCUUUAGGAACACCUGGGGAUGGUGCCGGCAGACCGCCACCAAGCCCGAGUUGAAGAAAGGUGGUAGCAACUACAUCGACGUCCAAUGCGAGAAAUACGGCAAGAGGACGGCGAUAUUCGCGCCUUCGCCGGGCGGCUUCGACGACGAGGACACAGAAACGCAGGACGUUGAACCCCAGCUGCUCUUUACCGAGAACGAGUCGAACCUUGAGAAGCUUUUUGACAGCGGGCCCAAUCCUGCGCCCUAUGCCAAGGACGCGUUCCAGGAGUACGUUGUUGAGCAGAACGGCGAAGCGGUCAAUCCAGAAAACAAAGGUACCAAGAGUUGUGCUGUCUAUCAUUUCCCUAAGAUCCCUCCAGGCGAGUACGUUACUAUCAGAUACAAGUUUACAGACGUCCAACUGGCUCAGUAUGAAGAUGAAUUGGUGAUAGACGAAGAGGAAUUCGAUUCCAUUUUUGAUAGACGUGAAGAGGAAGCUGACAAUUUCUACUGGAAAAUCACUCCUCUCCAUAUCAGCGAUGAGCUAAGGAAUGUCCAAAGACAGGCGUUCGCGGGCCUGAUGUGGUCCAAACAGUUUUACCAUUUCAUCCAGGACCAGUGGUACAACGGCGACCCCAACGUCAAGCCUCGUCCCCCACCAAACAGGGCUAAUGGGAGGAACAAGGACUGGAAGCACAUGUACACCGACGAUAUACUGUCACUCCCCGAUAAGUGGGAGUACCCGUUUUUCGCCUCGUGGGACACGGCUUUCCACUGCAUCCCGCUCUCUAUGGUGGAUCCAGAGUUUGCUAAGCACCAACUGGACAUCAUGACACGCGAGUGGUACAUGCACCCCAACGGACAAAUGCCCGCUUACGAGUGGAAUUUUAGCGAUGUUAACCCACCCGUGCACGCCUGGGCUGUCUACCGCGUUUUCAAAAUUGAAAGAAACAUGUACAAACGCGAAGAUCGAGUGUUCUUGGAGCGUGUGUUCCAAAAACUGCUUCUAAAUUUUACUUGGUGGGUGAACCGCAAAGACUCGAAUGGCCAAAACGUGUUUGAGGGCGGGUUUUUGGGGCUUGACAACAUCGGAGUUUUCAACAGAUCCGAACCAUUACCAACUGGUGGUACUCUCGAGCAGGCUGACUCCACUGGCUGGAUGGCGUUUUUCAGUCUGCAAAUGCUGAACAUAGCGCUGGAGCUGGCUAAGGAGAACCCGGUUUAUGAGGAUAUAGCCUCCAAGUUUUUUGAGCACUUCAUACUCAUCAGUGACGCCAUGUCAUUCAGGUACACGAAGAACACCGAAUCCGAGGAAUUUCAAGAAGAAAUCAAAGAGUCUUUGUGGAAUGAGGAAGACCAAUUUUAUUACGACGCUAUUUCGUGGGGCGGUCCAUUCAAGCAGCAGCUGCCCAUUAGGUCCUUGGUGGGUUUGAUUCCGCUGUACGCAUGUAUGACCUUAGAGCCGCAAAUCCUAGACAAGUUCCCCAGCUUCAAGAAGCGGGUAGACUGGUUCAUCAACAACAAGAGCGAGAUUUUCGAUAGAAAUAUUGCCUCAAUGAAAUAUAGAGGUGUUGGCGAAAGGCUGUUGCUGUCCUUAGUAAACAAAGACAGAUUAGAGGCCAUUCUCCGUCGUAUGCUCGAUGAGACCGAAUUCCUUUCCGAUUACGGUAUCAGGUCUUUAUCCAAGUAUCACGAAGAGCACCCAUUUGUUAUGGACGUGAACGGGAACAAGUAUGAGGUGAAAUACCUCUCCGGCGAGUCCGACUCUGGGAUGUUUGGAGGCAACUCCAACUGGCGUGGCCCAAUCUGGUUCCCAGUUAACUUCCUGCUGAUCGAGUCUCUACAACGGUUUUUCCUCUACUAUGGACCUGAAUUCAAGGUUGAAUGCCCUGUUGGCUCCGGUGUUUUCUUGAACUUGGCCGAGGUUGCGGAAGAGCUUGAGCACCGGCUCAUUCACGUAUUCAUGCCAGAUGAAAACGGAAACAGGGCCUGCUAUGAAGGAGACAACUCCGAGAUGUUGUCCCAGGACGAGUAUUUCAGGGACCUCGUUCCAUUUUAUGAGUACUUUGACGGCGACACUGGUAGGGGCUUGGGCGCUUCACAUCAGUGCGGCUGGACUGCAUUGGUGGCAAAGUGGAUCCAUGACGCAGGCGUCUCUUGUAUAAGGCUACCGCGCAGCUCCAGGGGUUCGCGUUCUGCCAGCAUUUCUUCAAAGGCCUCAUCUCCCGUGAGGCCCGUGAUGCCAGGCAGAAUGGCAAGGAGAAAGUCCGCGAAAUCGCUGGUUAACCUCACCGGCACCUUACUCGAUCUGACAGAAGAGGAAAAGCGCAUCUACCAGCUUGGCAGCGUUCCCCACACUCAGGUCCGUUCCACGUCCAACGCAGGGACCGCAGCGGAUAAAGAUGAGAGAAAGGGCGCUAGCCAAGAACAAUCAGCACGUUACGAAGCCGACUCCGACUUCAAAGCACCCACCUCACACUCAUCUGAGGCGAAGGUCAUUGAAGAUCUUAAGAAAAAGAUGGAUUCCUUCAACCUGACAGAUGAUGCCAAUGAGCGGGCCGAUGAGGAGGAACUCUUGAAUGAGAAUAAGUAA